ACUUCAUUAAUUAGAUGGGAUCGGAUGUGUACCCAUGUGUAAACCAUUGACGAGCCUUUUCUUCGAUUAGCUGUGAAAAUUAUACCCCCAAUUGAAAUACCAGCUCUGCCCAUAAUUGCCUUCCAAAAGACCAAAGCACACCGUUCCCGAGUAUAAAGAUCGUCCAGAAGGAGGGGCAGAGCACACAGCGAAUUCAGCGUUUCAUACCCAUCGUCUCCAUCUCCUCAAAUCUUUGGCUAGCAUUUUUGUCAGGGCAACAAUGGCCGACGAAGUUCAGGCUCUCACCAAGGCCUUCUCAGGUCUGGGAGGCCUGGGCGUGGACGAGCCGACGAUGGUGGCAGCGCUGGCGAACUGGCGGAGGCAGCCGGAGAAGCGGUCCGGGUUCCGGAAGAGCUUCCCGGGGCUGUUCAAGCAGCACGGGGUGAUCGAGCGGUGCGAGGACGAGUACAUGCUGCACCUGGCCGCCGAGUUCUCCCGCUUCAAGAACCUCAUGGUGCUGUGGGCGAUGCACCCGUGGGAGCGCGACGCCCGCCUCGCGCACCACGUCCUCCACCAGGCCCACCCGGCCGCCAUCGUCGUGGAGGUCGCCUGCACCCGCUCCGCCGAGGAGCUCCUCGGCGCGCGCAAGGCCUACAUGGCGCUCUUCCACCACUCCCUCGAGGAGGACGUCGCCUACCGCGCCAAGGACAAGCCAUACUGCAGCCUGCUGGUGGGGCUGGUGAGCGCGUACCGGUACGAAGGGCCCAAGGUGAGCGACGACACGGCCAAGGCGGAGGCCAAGGCGCUGGGCGCGGCGGUGAAGAGCGCCGGCGGCGGCAAGCUGGUGGAGAACGAGGAGGUGGUCAGGAUCCUCACCACCAGGAGCAAGCCUCACCUCGUCCAGACCUUCAAGUACUACAAGGAGCUGCACGGCAAGUACAUCGAGGAGGAUCUCGGAAGCGAGGAGGCUCUGAGGGAGGCCGUGCAGUGCCUGGCGACGCCGGAGAGGUACUUCAGCCAGGUGAUGGCGGCGGCGCUGAGGGAGGGCGCGGACCACCACGGGAAGGAGGCCCUGGCGCGGGUGGCGGUGACGCGGUCGGACGUGGACAUGGACGGCAUCCGGGCGGCCUACCAGGAGCAGUUCGGGGCCAAGCUCGAGGACGCCGUCGCCGGCAGCGCGCACGGGCACUUCAAGGACGCGCUCGUCUCGCUCAUCGUCGGCAAGUAAACCAUAUAUAUACAGUAUUACGGACGCGGCGGGGGUUCGUCUUCGUCUUAUUCUUCCGGCGGCGAUGGCGCUUCGGCCGUGCGUGUGUUUUUCUUCCUGGUUCAUCUCGUGUCGUGUGUGUGUUGAAUUGUUGUCGAGCUGGGCAUGUAAACAUUUGCAGCUGAGGUCGUGUACGGCUGAUCGGGGAUCAAAUAAAAUUAAACAUUUGGAUCA